AUGAACAAUAACUUCUGCCGGGCCCUGGUGGACCGGCGGGCCCUGGCGCCCCCCAGCUGCAUGCAGUUGGGCGUCGUGCCCCCUCCGCGCCGGGCGCCCCUGCCCCCCGCCGAGACCCUGGGCAACGUGCCCUUGCUGCUGUACCCGGGCCCGGCCGAGCCGCAGUAUUACGACGCCUACGCGGGCGUGUUCCCCUACGUGCCCUUCCCGGGUGCCUUCGGGGUGUACGACUACCCCUUCGAGCCCGCCUUCAUCCAGAAGCGCAACGAGCGCGAACGGCAGCGGGUCAAGUGCGUCAACGAGGGCUACGCGCGCCUCCGCGGCCACCUCCCCGGCGCCCUGGCGGAGAAGCGGCUCAGCAAGGUGGAGACCCUGCGCGCCGCCAUCCGCUACAUCAAGUACCUACAGGAGCUGCUGAGCGCGGCCCCCGACGGCUCGCAGCCCGCGGGCUCCCCGCCCGACUGUCCGGGCGACGGCGAGGCCCGGGGGCCCGCCUCCCUGGUGCCCGAGUCGUCCGAGGCCUCCUGCUUCUCCUCCUCGCCUUUCUUUGAGUCGGAGGAAUCCAGCCACUGA